CGUCAACCGACUCUACACGGAUCGAACACAGGACCUUGUGUUUCUCUCCAGCUAGAAAUUUUCCCCCAAAUAACAGAGAUCGAACACAGGAGCUUCUGUUUCUUGUGCAAUCCUUCUCUGGAAGCAAAUAAGCCUGGAGGUCAUCAGCAAACAGGGAAUUAAGUCCGUUUGCGCCGUGAAGCUUGAAAAUCCAGCAGCAUUGUGUGUUGCUCAAAGGUCUAGUCAAUUGACGAGCUUUUGCAAAGUGCAUAGAUGGACACAGCCGCUCUGCCCAUCCCGCCUUCGUCCCGUGCAAAGCUGUUUGCCGCAGGGUUCCGCAGGUUGGCAGACCUGAGAAAGAUCAGUGCCGUGGAGCUUGCAAAAGAAAGUGGCCUGAGCCAGGAAGAAGCUCUCCACAUCCUGCGGGUGGUCAAUCCAGCUGGAGACAAUGGCGCAAUGGCUGGUGCCAAGUCAGCGUUGCAGAUCUUGCAGAUUGAGAAGAAGCGCCGGAGGAUCACAACCUGCUGUGAGACGCUGGACGAGAUCUUGGGAGGGGGGAUCAGUCCACAGGAGGUGACUGAAAUUUGCGGCGUGCCAGGCGUUGGGAAGACACAACUAGGAAUCCAGUUGGCCAUCUCGGUGCAGCGGCCAGAGGAGCUGGGAGGACUCGCUGGGGAGGCAGUAUACAUUGAUACGGAGGGCAGCUUCAUGGUGGAGCGCGUGCUCGAGAUGGCGGACGCGUGGCUGGCGGACGUCCGGCGGGAGGCCCUGUCCGCACAGGAGCCGCACCUGGAGGCCAGCACUUCGGGGCUGAGCGCCGAGACUGUUCUUUCGAGCAUCCACUACUACAGGGCCUACGACUACACGGAACAGCUGGCGGUCGUCAACGUGCUGCCGCAGCUGCUGAAGCAGCAUCCGAAGAUCCGGCUUCUGAUCAUCGACAGCGUGACGUUCCACUUCCGGCAAGACUUCGACGACAUGGCGCUGCGCACGCGCGUCCUCAACGGGAUGUCACAAAAGCUCAUGCUGCUCGCGGAGAAGCACGACGUCGCGGUCGUUCUCGUGAACCAAGUCACGACCAAGGUUGUGGGGCAGAACCAGUCGAAGCUCGUCCCGGCUCUAGGCGAGAGCUGGUCCCAUGCGUGCACGAACCGCGUCAUACUGUUCUGGAUGGAAGGGCAGCGUUACGGGCACAUUUACAAGUCGCCCUCCUUACGGGCGGGGACUGCUCCCUACUUUGUAACGACGGAGGGCAUAAGAGCCACCCCUGCAACCAAUAAGCGGCCAUGGCAGGAGCAGUCAGCGUCACCAAGCGAUCUCGGCUCUUAUCGAACUGAGGAGUUGGGGCUCUCGGUGGCAACCUGACGAUGCGGUUUUCUGCCAUCCGUUCAACAUGUCGUCACAUACAAAGUAUCACUGUUCUUACAUCGACGAACGUAGCCACUUGGCCAUCCCGCUUAACCUAACCAAUUUGCA